AUGGAGGACGAGGUCGCUGCUCUCGUUAUCGACAACGGUUCCGGCAUGUGCAAGGCUGGCUUUGCUGGUGAUGAUGCUCCCCGUGCCGUCUUCCCGUCCAUCGUCGGUCGUCCCCGCCACACCGGUGUCAUGGUCGGCAUGGGCCAGAAGGACUCCUACGUCGGUGAUGAGGCUCAGUCGAAGCGUGGUAUCCUCACGCUCAAGUACCCGAUUGAGCACGGUAUCGUCACCAACUGGGACGACAUGGAGAAGAUCUGGCAUCACACCUUCUACAACGAGCUCCGUGUCGCCCCCGAGGAGCACCCCGUCCUGCUCACCGAGGCGCCACUGAACCCGAAGGCCAACCGCGAGAAGAUGACGCAGAUCAUGUUCGAGACGUUUAACGCCCCGGCCUUCUACGUCGCCAUCCAGGCCGUGCUCUCGCUCUACGCCUCCGGUCGUACUACCGGUAUCGUCCUCGACUCCGGUGACGGUGUCUCCCACACUGUCCCGAUUUACGAGGGUUUCGCGCUCCCGCACGCCAUCCUCCGUCUCGAUCUCGCCGGUCGCGACAUCACGGACCUGCUCAUCAAGAACCUUACUGAGCGCGGCUACCCCUUCACCACCACCGCCGAGCGCGAAAUCGUCCGUGACAUCAAGGAGAAGCUCUGCUACGUCGCCCUCGACUUCGAGCAGGAGCUCCAGACCGCCGCCCAGUCGUCCGCUCUCGAGAAGAGCUACGAGCUUCCCGACGGUCAGGUCAUCACCAUCGGCAACGAGCGCUUCCGUGCCCCCGAGGCGCUCUUCCAGCCCUCGUUCCUCGGUCUCGAGGCGGCCGGUGUGCACGAGACGACGUACAACUCGAUCUUCAAGUGCGAUCUCGACAUCCGUCGCGACCUCUACGGCAACGUCGUCCUCUCCGGCGGCACCACCAUGUUCCCCGGUAUCGCGGACCGCAUGCAGAAGGAGCUCACCUCGCUCUCGCCGUCGAGCAUGCGCGUCAAGAUCGUCGCGCCGCCCGAGCGCAAGUACUCGGUCUGGAUCGGUGGUUCGAUUUUGGCGUCUUUGAGCACGUUCCAGAACCUCUGGUGCUCGAAGCAGGAGUACGACGAGAGCGGCCCCGGUAUCGUCCACCGCAAGUGCUUCUAA